UCCCUCCGUCCAUCCCUAGCUCCGUCAUCCCUCCGUCUUCACCCCGUCCAUCCCUACCUCCGUCAUCCCUCCGUCUUCACCCCCAUCCAUCCCUACCUCCAUCAUCCCUCCGUCUUCAUCUCCAUCCAUCCCUAGCUUCGUCAUCCCUCCGUCUUCACCCCAUCCAUCUCUACUUCCGUCAUCCCUCCAUCUUCACCUCCAUCCAUCCCUACCUCUGUAAUCCCUCCGUCUUCACCCCAUCCAUCCCUACUGCCAUCCAUCCCUAGCUCCAUCAUCCCUCUGUCUUCACCUCCAUCCAUCCCUAGUUCCGUCAUCCCUCCGUCUUCACCCCAUCCAUCCCUAAGUCCACCCAUCCCUCCGUCUUCAGCCCCAUCCAUCCCUACCUCCAUCAUCCCUCCGUCUUCACCCCAUCCAUCCCUACCUCCAUCAUCCCUCUAGUUCCAUCAUCUCCUCCAUCCAUCCCUCUGCCCAUCCCUCCAUUCAUGCCCCCCCAGGGAUGGACCCCGGAGCAGAACCUGUCCCCUCACCAGCCCCCUCCCACCGUCCCCAGGUGUGGCGGAGAUGGAGAAGCUGAAGGACAUCUUCUCCAACGUCAUCUUCUCCCUGGAGCAGAAGGGCAUGGCCAAGGGUGGGUCAGAGCCGGAGUGGCGGCCACGGGGAAGGAGGGAGGGGAGGGGAAGGAUCCUGGUGGGGGGAGCAAGGAGAAGUGGCUGGGAAAAGGGGAGGAGAGGGGAGGGAUAGGGUGGUGGGGGCUGGAAAGGCAGGGGGAGGGUGCAGACGGGGGGCCUGGUUCUGACCUCCUCUCCCCCCCAGUUCCCUACCAGGUGGCCGUGCCGGAGACCGUGGCGCGGAUCCAGCCAGAGCUGGCUCAGCUGAAACCAGCUCCUGCCUGCGUCCCGCCAUGCGGGUACCAGAAAGACGCCCAGGUCUACAAAUGUGCCUCGUGCAGCCGAGUGGCGUGUCAGCUCCCCCUGGACUGUCCAGUGGAGGAUGUCUGGAAGAACGAGGGGGAGAGGACGGUUCUGACAUGCAGGGUCCAGUUCCAGACCCCCCCUGACGUCCGGCACAACUGGAAGUUUGUCAAAGACCUCCGGACCCGAGAUCUCUCCCUCUUCCGGGACCUGCACCCAGGUGCCAGCUCCUCCAUCGUCCUCCGCCCCACACGGGGCUCGCACCGUGGCACCUACGCCUGCCAGCUAGCCCAGGAGGACGACGUGCUAGCCCGGAACUACUUCUACCUCAAUGGGGCAUCUGUCGCUGGGCCAUGGGCUGGCCCUGAUGCACCCGGCCUGGGCCCUGGACUCGCCUCUGCUUCAGCGCCCCAGACUGGCACCAUCAAUUUUCUGAUCAGAAUAAACCCAAAUUCCAACCUGAGACGGAAGUCUCUGUCUCGGCCACAAAACGGGGGUCACUCCUGGUGGACAAGCCCUGCCAUGAGAGAGGAGGUGGAGACGGGCGCCCGGUUCCUGUCGCGCCUGGUGAACCGGCACGGCCGGCUGGACGAGGGGCGCAUGGAACAGUUCGGGGAGCGCUUGGCCGUCAUCCUGCGGGAGAGGUACAGCCGGCACUGGUACCCCGAGAACCCCGCCAAGGGGCAGGCCUACAGGUGUAUCCGCAUCAACCGGCGGCAGCAGGUGGACGAGUCGCUGCUCCGGGCCUGCGCGGGCUGCGGGCUGGAGUACUCGGAGCUGGCGCUGCCGCGGGAGCUCUCGCUCUGGAUCGACCCGGGGGAGGUCUGCUGUAGGCUUGGGGAGAACAGCCAGUACUUCACGGUGAGCCCCUCGGAAAGGGGCGGCGGAAAAGGGACCCCGGAGCCCGAGACGUCGGACUAUCACUCGGAGUCGCCAUCGGAGAGCUCCUCGGAGGACGAGGGAUCAGUCCGGCCCUCUCCGGCACCGGCCCCAGCCCCGAGCCGACCCACUCUGCGGGAGCCCAGCAAACAGGCCGCCGAGUUGUUCUACGUCCCGGCCCCCAUGUGGGUCCCCUGCACCGCCCAGCGCCUGGUCAGCUACAUCCCCACCUACCAGCCCCUCACCUUCUACUACGUCAGCGUCGGAGCAGCGAAGAGAUCCAACCCCGACCGGCUGCGGCGCCUCACCCACCGGGCUGCCAAGGCUUAGGGGUGGGGCAGGGAGAGGGGAGAGCCCCCAGCCCCUCUCCCUCCUGCCCCCCAUCCCUUCCCCCCCAAUGAUCUCCACCACACUCCCAGGUUGAGACUGGGGGGAACUCACCACAGCAGUACAAACAGCGCCACCUGGUGGCCAUGCAGCGAGCCAGGCUGGAAACGGCUGGAAGUCGGGGAUGUCCUGCCUCCAUCCCCCUGCCCAGCUGGCAUCUUAAGGGUUAACAGCCCCUCUUCUCGUGCAGGGGGUGCGGCCCCAUGGCCGUGGGGCUGAGCCAGUUGAGACUCAGUAUCCUACGGGCCCAUCUACACAGGCAAAGCGCACGGGCAAACUUGCUAUGGAAGGGAAGUCAGGACGCCUGGGUUCUAUCCCCAGUGCUGGGAGGAUAGUGGGGUCUAGUGGUUAGAGCAGAGGGGGCUGGGGGCCAGGACUCCUGGGUUCCAUUGUCAGCUCUUCUGACCAGCUUCUGGCAAAAAAAACAAGCGCAUGCGCGCACAGACAAAACCACCAAAUAUGUGCCUCAGUUUCCCCGUCUGUAAAACUGGGAUCACAACACUCACCUACCUCAGAUUGGUGCCGCGGUGCAAACAAACGCAGGGGCACUUUAUAAAGGCUUUUUCCGUGCUGCUUUGCCGGGCAGGGGAAAGGAUUAUUCUAAUGAUUUUAAUUUAUAUGCUGUAAAUAGCGAACCGCUGGUAUUUAAUUUAUGGAAGCAGAGAGAGCCGUUUAGCAGGGAGGUGCAUGGG